AUGGGAUCGAGUCGGGCGGCGAUCCAGAAGUCCCAACCCGAUACCGCGGCCGCGACGCAGCCCGAGCCCCUCUCCACGCCGCCCCGCAGGCCCGAGGUACGGAAGAAGCAGGACUCCUCCGCCACUACACCGAGACGCGAAGACGAGCGCGACCUGAGCCGGACGUUGUCGCAGGGGACCAGGGGCGACAGGCCGGCAGACGCGCCCAGACCCGUCUCAUCUUCUGAAACCAGCGCGGCUAUCAAGGACAAAAGCCUUAACACCAUGUUUCCCGAUGCGAUCGCGAGACCGCCCCAGAACAGAACCGCGUCACAGGCGACAGUGACUUCGAGGCUCGCGCAGCCGCCCGUCGCUGGUCCGUCGUCGUCCUCUAUGGCACCAGCGCCUGCGCCGCCUCCACCGACGACAUCGGCUCCUCUCCUUCCCCCCGGUCCCCCGCCUGCUCAGUUUCAACCCAUCACAUCCAAGAGAUCCCCGCUGCCCGAGCCCAGUGAGGAAGAGAAGCGUGCUGCAUGGGGAGAACGCAUACCACUCUUUUCGGAGGCGGUCAAGAACCACGACGCUCGCAGCGCCCUCGAGAAGGAGUACAAGCAGGUUAAGGCGCUCGCGGGAAGCCCACACUUUGCACGCCUCCCUCCGGAUGCGGCGGAAAAGAUAACGACGCGCAUCGCGAUGCUCGAAACACAGCGCGUCGCGUUGGCCAAUGCGAACAACGAGAUCUUGACCCGCCUCGUGGAGACCAACUUCUGGCCCGUCCUGUCCAGCGCGGUUAUAAUCGACAAUGAAGCCCAAGUGGCCAGGAUCGAAAGCUUCGUGGAGGAGAUCAAAGCUACAACGGCCGAACUGCACGUCAAGUCCGAUGCGGUCGUGGCUGCUCUCCAGGCGUCGCAACGAGCCACCGUCACUGGCAGUACUACGGGUGACGCCGGUUCUUCGCGGCCCGCGAAACGGAGACGGGUCGAAGACGACGGAGCGGAUGCUGACACCAUCAUGGAUGACGUGGGUUCAAAGGAGAUAGCAGAGUUCCAAUCCCAUGUCGCCAAGCUAGAAGACCGCGUUCUCAGCUUGGAGAACUACUGGAUCCAGUACGAGCAAGAUCUCGCCGACAACCUCGACGUACGGAUCGCGGAGCAGAUCGAGGAACAUAGCGAGACUCUUUACAAGCAAGUGGCAGAGGUGAGGGAACAGCUGGUCGCCAAGGUCGCUGCAGAUCUCGCCGGAAAGUCCUCGAUACUCGAAGCCGACGUCGUGCGAAUCGAUCAGGAUAUCACCGACCUCGCGACCGAGGUGGCGAAGCUUUGGCACGACAGUCAAGAUGACGGGAAGAUUAGCAGUCUAAUCCAAGAUAAAGAGCAGCUACGAGAGCAAUUCGAAAAGGUAUGCACCCUCCCCACCCCCCGGAAAUACCUAUCCCUAUCAACGUUUUACCGACGAGCUCUUCCGUCGCAGCUGCAAGAAGAACAUGCAACGUUGAUAGCCGAGGAGGAGGUUAAUAGCAAGCAGAUCGAUACGAUCAAGUACCUGUUGCAGACACACAUCCAGAACAGGCCCAAGUCCCCUUCACCUCCUCCGGAUCCAGCGCCCCUGCCCUUCUCGCCCGACGUACUCUUCGAGCACGUCAAGGAGCCUCUGCUCAUCUACAUUCGCGAGUCUGUACUCCCUCUGCUGCAUGCGCUGCGCCAGGAAAUCGAGACCAUGAUGCAGGCGCACCGUACAGAGAUAUUCCAGACGGUGUGGGACAAGCUCGGCCAGACUCUGCGCUUCGUCGAUAUCAUCAGCAAAUGGAUGCAACGGCAGCAGCAAGCUGUGGCCAAUCCGCAGCAGCAACAGCAGCAGCCACAACAACAGCAGCCGCAGCCGCGGCCGCAGGGACAAAUGCUUCCACCCCCCACCAUUCCCUCAGGUGCACAGCGUCGUCCUCCUCCUUCGGCCUAA